AUGAAUAUUUUAAAUAUAAUAGGAAAUGAUAUAGAAGUUCAUAAGAAAUGCAACAUAGGCAACGAAAAUGAAGAAAAUCAAUUAAGUAAAAAGAAUGAAGAACAACAAUUAAGUAAAAAGAAUAAAGAACAACAAUUAAGUAAAAAGAAUAAAGAACACCAAUUAAGUAAAAAGAAUGAAGAACAACAAUUAAGUAAAGAGAAUAAAGAACAACAAUUAAGUAAAAAUAAUAAAGAACAACGAUUAAGUAAAAAGAAUGAAGAACAACAAUUAAGUAAAAAGAAUGAAGAACAACAAUUAAGUAAAAAGAAUGAAGAACAACAAUUAAGUAAAAAGAAUGAAGAAAGCAUGUUUGGUAAAAAAUGUAAAGAAACAGAAUUAAUAGAAGAAAAAGAUGAAAUUAAAGAAGAGAAAAAUAUGUAUCAGAAAUAUAGUAAAACUAAUGAUAAUGUUAUAUUUUCAAAUAUAACUUUAUGCUUAAUGGGGAUUUCAUCUGUGCUUUUGUAUUAUUAUGUAUUAAAUACAACUCCCCAUAUUCAUGCACUUUUAAAUAAAGAUAUUAUGAUAUCCUUUACAUUUUUCUUGUAUUUUUUUGUUUUAGUUAUUGUGUCAUUAAUCAGUUCCUUAUUUCUUGAAGUGAAAAUAAUUAUUUAUGAUAUAUGCUUUAUUUUGUCAUUUAUUCUUCAGCUAAUUUAUCCAUAUAUAGUAAAAUAUUAUUAUCAUAAAACUUUUUUUUUUUACUUUCUCAUAAGUUGUAUUGGUGCAAUUUGUUCAUUUUUAAAAACUAUGAUAUUUUCAAUAGCGUCUAUUGUUUUAAAUAGUUCGAAAAUCGUUUGCCUGUCAUAUGGAAUAACUGGAAUAUAUUGUUUUUUCCUUACUUCCUUAUUUUAUUAUUCUAUUAUUAAAGUUGAUGAAGAUAUACAAAAAUUACAUUUAUCCUUAUUUAUCACAUCGUCAAUUAACUGUACGUUUAUAUUAUGCACCUUCAUUUGCUAUUCAUUUUUAAAGAGAACAGAAAAUUUUAAAAGGAAGUUUAGUAUAUAUAUAGAAGAAAGAAAGAGAAGAGAAAGUGAAAGCUGUUAUUAUGAAAAAUCAGAACAAAAAACUUUAGAUACUUCUUAUUUUGUUACCAUUAAUAUGACACAAGAAAAUAUAGAUAAUAAAGAUCAGGAAUGUGCUUUAAUAAAAAAUGGAAAUAUUAGCAAAGAAAAAAAAAAAAAUGAAGAAAAGGAAAAUUCAUGUAACGCUGAUAAUCAAAUAAAAGAAAAAUUUAUAUUAAAAAAUAUCCCAUUUAAUAUAUCUAUAAAUGAUAAUGAAAAUAAUAUAGUCCCAGUACCAACAAAAAAAAAUUUUUUAAAUAAAUUUUUUUCAUAUAAAAUGCUUUUGAAGAAUUUUCUAAAACAAGCAAAACUUAAAAUAUAUUUAUAUAAAAAAGCGUUUAAUUCAUUAUUUUGUGUAUUUUACAAUAUAUUUUUGAAAAUUAUAGUUUUCCCUGUUGCUUGUCCAGAGUUAUGGACAAAAAAUGUAGAUGAACGAUACAUAUUAAUUGGAAUAGUGCAAAUAGCUGACUGCGUAAGCAGAAUUUUUCCCACAAUUGCUCAGAGUUUUCCAAUUUUUAAUUUUUUUCUUUUAUCGCAAAAAAAAAUAUUAUUAUAUUCAUUUGCAAGAACUUUUUUGUCAUUAUUAUGUUUAAUUAUUCCUUUUGCAAAAAUUUAUAUAUUUCGCAAUUUUAUUUUUAAAUGUUUACUAAUUUUUACAAAUGUAUAUCUAAAUGGAUGGUUUAUUAUUUUGUCUUUUAUAAAUAUACCUGAUGUUUUAAGAUCAGAUAAUUCAUUAAGCAACGUUGCAAUUGUUAGUAGUUUUGGAUCAACAUUACUCAGAGUUGGAUUAUUAAUAGGAUAUGGAGCUUCCACAAUUUACAAAUAUUUUUUUACACGAUAUUUGAUAUUUAUCUAA